UCAACUUUUGUGAGUCGCUUUAAUAUAUGACUUCAGUUUCUAUUCAAAAACUUGUGUUCCCAACGCCUCAUUGACAAGCAUUUCCAGAAUCUUCUAGAACAACAAAAUUCGGAAGCUUGUUGUCCUGAUCUUGAAAGCAUAUAUGCAAACACCUUGCCUGCAUGAUGAUUGAAAUCUUGAAGCUUCUCUGGUUUAACAAACCAAAGAUGGUCAAUCAUCGUUUUGUUCAAGGCAGCAUAAUGGGGUUUGCCUAUUUUGUCUCUUCUUGAUCAAAAGAAACAAGUUCAGAUUCAAAUGUAAAUAUUAUAGUCAGUCUAUCUGCAGGAAGGCUCAGUUCAACUGUUCAAGGUUACCCAAAUUGUGUAGUCAAUGGCUAGGAAUUUUGCAGAAGCUGCGCCUUUACCUGCUAAAGAACAGCAUUCUAUUACGUUUGUGUAUCAGAUCAAACAACCUCAGAUAUGUCGAAGUGUGAUGGCGACAUGGAGCAAGGACCUCACUGACCAUUCUCUCUGCAUCAGCAUUGAAAACCCAGCACAGCAAAACCCGUACAAUUGCAAGAUCGACUCAAUAUUCAAACAAAACUGGGGGAAAAAGGGCCUAAAAACCUUGGAAAUUCAGGGGAAUCGAGUGGACAUAUUCUGGGAUUUCCGGCACGCGAAAUUCUCCAUAGACCCACAACUUCGUUCAGAUUACUACGUUGCCUUGGUGCACAGAAAGGAGACGCUUUUGUUCCUAGGAGAUUUAGAGAAAGAAGCUCAUGAAAGAACCAGGUCAAGACCAUGCCCAGAAGAAGCUGUAUUGCUGUACAAGAAAGAGAUCGUGUACGGGAAGAAGAUGUUCUGCACGAAAGCGAUGCUUCAGGAAGGCAAGAAGGAGCAUGAAAUUGUGAUAGAGACGUCACUUUCAGGGCCUGAAGAUCCAGAGAUGUGGGUGAGCAUAGAUGGGGUCGUGGCCAUGAGGAUCAUGAACCUGAAUUGGAGGUUCAGAGGGAACGAGACGGUGAUCGUGAACAACUUGUGUGUGUUACAUCAUUUGAAGCCUGAAAACUAGGUUGGCUCUAAAAAACAGGGACUUGAUGUUAGGUUGUUCAAGUAUUAGUGGAUAUAAAACAAUGUGGGAAGUCCCAUAUCGAAUAAAGUUGAGUUUAAUAAGUCUUAUAUACUCUUUAUUUGAUAAAACUUGUUAGGAUUGGGCUUAAUAGCUAGUCUUAUGUCGUAUCACUUGUUAGGAAUGGGGAGUGACCACCUAAGAAUGGGGGGAGAGGAGAGAUGGGAAAGAGCAACGGAAGAACGUCACAUUUUAACUCAAAACCUCAAGGCUUAAGUGUAUGGGUCAUUUCUCUUUAUUUUAUAUUAGUUAUUAAACUCAACUUUAUUUGAUGUGGGACUUCCUAUGUCAUCUUAUGUCCACUUGUACUUGAACAAUCUAAUAAGAAGUAAUUUCAGGUAUAGACAGCCAUGGAAGCUCAGAACAAAACGCUUGCAAUGCAUAUAGAUUGGGUUGGCCUUGGUGUCAUUAGGUGUUUCCCAUGCCUUAUUUGAGGCUGCUGAAUUGUUGGUUGAAUAAAUGUGUUGAAUACUGUUACAUGUUUUCUCUGUGGCUCAGCGGAUGCAUCAAUCUCCUCUUUUUCACUAAAAGUUUUGUUGGAUGUGUUUGAUGGUUUACUGGUCAUCAACUGCUCCCAUAUUGUCAUCAAGUCGGGGAACUGCACCAACUAUAUGUUCUUUGACAUUUUAAAG